AUGGAUUUCAGUGGCCUGGGGGCCGCCGUAGUGGUGCUAUGCGUCCUCAUCUUUGGCAUUGUAGUCUUUUUCUUGUGCACGCUUGUGGUGCGCCAGCGGCAGAUGUUGGUGUUAAAUGGCGUCAUUGAGGGGCGGCAGCGGCAGAUUGCGGAGGCGGCGAUGCGGGACAACGACCGCGCCCGCUCCCGCCGGCAGCUGAUGCGGCAGGCCAUCGAUCAGCUAGUGGAGGGCGGGGAGGCGUCCUACGGCACCGUCCUCGUCUCCGAGGCGCAGGGCACGGAGGUGCUGGCGGACCGGCGGCUGCGCUCCUACCGCGGCAGCUACUGCGGCGACGCCCUGCUGGAGAUGCGGGACGGCACGCGCGCCACGGUCUCGGAGAUCGUCGCCAUGCUGCGGGAGGAGCCCACGCCGCCCCCGGAGGCGGAGCCGGGGCCCAGCCUGCUGCAGCUGCUGGUGGAGGCGGCCUCGAGGCGGGCCGGCGCCAGGGGGCGGCGCAGCAGCAGCAGCGAGCCGGUGGGAACCCUGCUGGAGCAGCUGCAGCACCUGCAGGAGGAGGAGGCGGAGGAGGAGGAGAUGCGGGAGGAGGACGCCCUGGCGGACGCGGAGGAGCUCUACGGGAGGGGGCUGCCGUACCUGCUGAACCCCGCGAACGAGGCCGUCGUCUACGUGGCGGACGCCGGCGACGACUACGCGGAACUGCUGCGGCGGCGGCAGCGGCAGCGCGACACCUCCACGCUGGAGUGGCUCCUCACCCCCCUCCUCAAGCGCAAGGGCGGGCCGAGCUUCGAGUGCCCCGGGCGGGCCCCGGACUGA